ACGGUAACAUCUAACGAGGAGACGGGACGGGUUAUUAUUUGUGUUUUCCAUUUGCCGUGUUAGUUGUAGCAGCGUGGUUUUUCUUUCCGUGGUGUCAGACAUCGGACUUCUUCUUUACCGAUAAACUAAUGUUUACAAAAGUGUACAAUGGUGAUUUGCAGCGACAAUAAUGUACUUGAGGACAUAGAAGAUGUUUCCCCAGAUACCAGCCGCCUGUACGCUAAUAAAUCCAAGAUUGUUCCUAAAAUUACAAAUCAUCGACUGAAAAUUGAAAAAUCAAAUGCUGAAAGGAUUGAAAAUUUAAAUGGAAGCAUCAUUCCUGGCACCCAGAGAAUUUACAUGCAAACAUGGGGUUGUUCUCAUAAUUCUUCAGACUCUGAAUACAUGGCUGGACAACUUGCAGCAUUCGGAUAUCAAAUAUCAGAUGAUUGUCAGAAUUCUGAUUUAUGGCUUCUAAAUAGUUGUACAGUGAAAAAUCCAGCUGAAGAUCAUUUCAGAAAUAUGAUCAAGAAAGCUCAGGACCUUACUAUACCAGUAGUAGUGGCCGGAUGUGUUCCUCAAGCUGCCCCCAGACAAGAAUACACGAAAGGGUUAUCGUUGAUCGGAGUACAACAAAUUGACCGUGUGGUAGAAGUUGUCGAGGAAACUCUAAAAGGGAACACUGUACGUUUGUUUGGUCAAAAGAAAGAAAAUGGAAGAAAAACUGGGGGUGCUCGACUGGAUUUACCGAAGAUACGAAGGAACCCACUGAUUGAAAUUAUAAGCGUUAAUACAGGGUGCUUGAAUGCAUGUACAUAUUGCAAAACAAAGCAUGCUCGUGGUGAACUGGGAAGUUAUUCAAUUGAAGAAAUAACACAGAGAGCAGAGCAAUCAUUUAAAGAGGGUGUUGUUGAAAUAUGGUUAACAAGUGAAGACACUGGAGCAUAUGGAAGAGAUAUUGGUGUUUCACUUCCUCAGUUAUUGUGGGAAUUAGUCAAAGUGAUACCGGAAGGCUGCAUGUUGAGGGUUGGAAUGACAAAUCCACCUUAUAUAUUAGAACACCUUGAGAAAAUGGCAAAAAUUUUGAACCAUCCAAGAGUAUAUGCUUUUAUGCAUGUACCAGUACAAGCUGGAUCAAACAGAACAUUAUAUGAAAUGAGAAGAGAAUACACACAAGAAGAUUUUUGUAAUGUCGUUGACUUCUUACAAAGUAAGGUUCCGGGAAUUUCAAUUGCAACUGAUAUUAUUUGUGGAUUUCCAACAGAAACAGAAGAAGACUUUGAAGAAACAAUGAAAUUAUGUGAAAAAUAUAAGUUUCCAAGCUUAUUUAUGAACCAGUUUUUUCCAAGACCUGGAACACCGGCUGCGAAAAUGCCACAAAUAAAUAGGCAAGAGAUCAAGAAAAGAACGAAGCGGCUUUCAGAAUUAUUUCAAUCAUAUAAACCAUAUGAACAUAAAUUAGGAACACGACAAACUGUCCUUGUCACCGAAAUCUCGCACGACAGGAAACAUUUCGUCGGACAUAAUAAAUAUUAUGAACAGGUUUUAAUAUCAAUGGAAGAAGAUUUGAUGGGGAAGAUGUUUGAUGUUGAUAUUUAUGAAACAGGGAAACAUUUUCUGAAAGGUUCCAGAGUGAAAGAUAGCGAGGCAUCUUGUCCAGGUUUGAGUGAUGCUUUACCGAAAGGCCAAAUCUCUGGAUUCAGUCAGGUUUCAGAAGUACCUGAAGACGAUGUACUUUUUAUGAAAGGGAAUUUAAAAGCGAUUGAAAGAUAUUUACCAAUGAUUUUAUUAAUGUUAGCUGUGUUUUUAUCCCUUGCUGUCAAGUAUUACAAUAAAUACAUAUCCUGAUAUCAAACAUU